GAUUGUCUGAGACAGGUAUCCUGUGGCCGAGUCCAGUCGCUAUGAGCCGGCGAGUGUAGACCGACCACGUGAUGAAAAUGUUCUCGAUAAUACUGUUCGCCGUUACAGCUUCCUUGGCGUUCGGCGAGGAAGAAGCCAUGAGAAACCUAACGACCGUCACAUGGGCUCACGCCGUCAACAACAAAACGUAUCUGGAAGCGGCGUUGGCAAGCGAAGUGUGUAUGCUCGAAGCGGAUGUCGUCGUGGGUCAGCUGAUCGGUAAAGACGGCCCCCCUUUACCUAUCAUGGCUCACCCCCCAGCAACGACUUCUGACCUCAGUCUAGCAGACUUCCUUACUGGUGUCUCCCAAUUCAACAACGUCAACGUUAAGCAGAAAGGGGUCAAGUUGGACUUCAAAAGCAUCGAAGCUUUCGAGAAAGCUCAAGAUGUGAUAGCGCCGUUUAGCAAGCCGGAGGUAACAUUCCCGCUCUGGCUGAAUGCAGACAUCCUACCUGGUCCAAUAAAAGCGACAACAGAACCCGUGGACCCCGUUAAAUUCUUAGAACUGGCGUCCAAACACCCGCGGGCCGUUCUGUCCAUUGGAUGGACCACAAACUAUGGCGGUAAUAUCACUGAAGGCGAGUACAGCCGAGAACAGAUCGGAGCAAUGCUGAGGCUGGUCAACGAACACCACGUUAACCAAACUGUUACAUUUCCUGUUCGUGCUGGUCUAGCCUCCAACAGCCAGCCGGUCAUUCUAGACAUUUUGAGGGAAACCACAUCCCUUAAUUCAUCCAUCACGGUCUGGUCUAGCGACGGUGACAAUGUGGAAGUGGAGAGACUUCGGGCCCUCAUCCUGACCGUGGGCCUGGAGAGGACCUAUCUCGACGUGCCCCAUGAACUAGCUGCCAAGCUACACCUACCACCCCCGAAGGCUAAAUCCAAGAAUUAAAUAAAUUCUCUUUAUAUUAUAGUCUA